AUGGCCAAGAAGUUUAGCAACAUAAUCUUCUACCUGACCCUGAUAAUCAUAGCCAUCUGUGGGGCCUGCAUCUGGAUGUUCUCGGGCUUCCGCCACGAGGAUGGCAAAUUCAACAUGAUUCUGGUGGCGUUCCUGGCAGUUACUUUACUGCAGAUCGUGAUCCUAACGCCCAUCAAGUUCACAAUUAUGUCCCUGGACGCCGCCUUCUGGCCGGCUCAACAAGCCCCCGAGACUCUGGACCAGGAUGCCAAGGUGGACACGUUUAUGGACCAGCUGAGGCUGCACCUCCGAACGCUGCGGAGUGAACUGAUGAUCACGGAGCGGCAUCGGAACGAGAGGGUCAACCUGAAGUACCGCCUGAUUACCCAGGAACUCUGGCUCAACGGCAAGCUGUUCCUCGUCUACUUCUUCAUGGCCUUGGCUUUCUUUGAUGAGCUACUGUACUACAACACAGAGGCCACGCACAUCCUCUUCCAGAAUAAUAAUGGGGAUGCGCUCGGACUGCAGAGUGUGAUGAAUGUGCCGGACAUCUAUUUGUUUGUGGUGUCCUCCUUGGUGCUGGCCUUUACGGAUGGCAAAAACACCAGUGGCGGAGCUCCUUGGGUCCAUGCGGAGGGCACCAGGCUACUGGGCGUGGUGAGGCUGAGGCAGCUGAGGACGGAGAGCAACCGACUGGGUCUAUCGCUUCCCGUGUUCACCGAGCGGGAGUUCGCUGAGAGCUGGACUGUGCCCUACGAAAGGGUUCCCUAUACGGACAAGUACUGGCCCAUCUACACGCCCUGGCUGCCGACUGUCUCUGGGAUUCGGGACAACUUAAUUCUGGGCAUCAGCCACGUGGGGCAUACGUUCAACUAUCCGGAAUCGAAGGGCUACACGGUCCUGCUCUCGGACACCCGCUAUAAAAGUCUUAAGAUCAUUGAGUACCUGAUGGAGAAGCACUGGCUGGAUGCGAAUACGACGGCUUUGUUCAUGGACUUCAGCUUGUACAACGCGGAUGCCAACACCUUUACCGUGUGCACCUUGUGGGUGGAGAAGUUUCCCUACCAGUAUCCUGAUGGCCACAUGAGGGUCGAGAGUCACACGUUUGUGGAGCAACUGCGGGAGUUCUCGAAGUUCGGCAUGUUAAUGGUGUUUGUCUUCGCCGUCACGUGGUUGGAGUUCACCAAGGCGUUCUUCGUGAAGGUCUGGUACGAUCCUCGACAGCUGAAGACCCUGUGGGUCCUGGUGGAUGCGUUGAUCGUGGCACUCAGCCUCAUGGUGGGGAUGGUCAUGGCGGUGCGAGAUAACUUGGUUCAGAAUAUGAUCAAGAAAGUUGAGAUCGCCGUUGUGGUGGACUUUCUGGACUUUCGGCUGCCGGAGCAACUCUCCUACAUUGAGGAUGUGGUCACGGGCUUGACGGUGGCCCUGGUCACUCUGCGUUUGUGGAAGGUGAUGCAGUUUUCCGCCACCUUCCAACUGUUUUCCAAGACCAUCUCUUUGGCGUGGGACGCGCUGCUCUGCACCUUCGUAAUAACCGUAAUAUUCAUCAUCGCCAUUGGCAUUGCCACGGUCACCAUCAAUGGCAACUACACCAGUAACUUCAGGGAUUUCCCCAAGGGCAUUGUCACGGUCACCUGCUUUUCCUUUGGCUAUACGAACUUGGUCUACCCGCCGGAUAUCUUUUAUGGCGGAGAGUGGCUGGGCAUCCUAUUGUACGUCAUAAUGGGCUUUGUGGUCAAGUACAUGCUGAUCAACUUGAUUGUUUCCAUGAUGAGGGAUCAGAUGGCCACUGUCAAGGCGGAUAGGGAUAAGAAAGUGAUGCAGCGCAUAACGUUCUGGCAAUUCCUACGCGUUGAAUAUGCCGACGUCAUCAACUGCAUCCUAAAAGUGUUCCACUGCCAAAGGGGUUACCAGCGAAAGAAUCGCACAGUUUCACAGAAUAUCCAACGAAAACUGGAUGACAUCGACCUCAUGCGACGGAAGACAAAGAUACGGCCAAUUUAUGCCGAGAACGUCUAUGUUAAGCCGGUAAACAAGGAACUGGACCAGAUGAAAUAUCGGGAGCGGAUCGAGCGAACCUUCGCUCUGGCCGCCAUUCUCCACACCCAAAUGGAGCUCAUUGAGAGGCUCAUGUUCGGCGACGAGGAUGGAAACCUGCCCAGCCUAGACCAGGAUGAAGAGCAGGUUCCGGAGAGCAGGGACUAA